GGUCAACAGAGAGGGAGUUUAGAAACUUUUAGCCAAAGCAUCCACGAACUGUUAAAGAUGACUUUCAUAGUACCUGAAAAGCUCACAGCAGUGUUGAAAAACUUUAUAGAGGGAAAAUUUGAAUCCUGCUUGUCUAGUCUGGAAGAAGUAAUACUUGGUAAUGACUUCGGAUUCUUGGACAAGUUACGUGCGGAAACCAUAUCUGUCGUCUGCACAUUUCUGUCGAAAGCAAGCAGCUGCGGGCAAAGUGAUGAAGACUCCAAUAAUAUUCUCAUAGCACUUGAAAGAUUUUGUGUGCAACUUGAAAAGCUUCUUGAAAAACUUAGAAGUCUCCCACCAUCUUUAUCAAGCUUGGAGGCAGAGCUUGUUAUUCUGUACAACUUUGGAUAUUCUCAGCUGGUAAAAGCUUACAUGCUUAAAAACACUCCAGAAAUGCCAUCAAGUUUGGUGCAAAGUAUCCUGCAUUCAUUAAAUAGAGUGGGACGCCUUCUUGGAUUUUACUCAGAGUUGCAAACUGGUCUUCUAAGAAAACUAACUGUCUUAAUCAUUUGUUCAGUGUAUUGCUGGAAUUUGCUGGAUUUUUACAAUCUUAUAAUAGUCAGGAGCUGUUUCAGCAAAUACAACUACAUCUAUGUCUCUGUGGUUUAAUGUCAUUAGCAACCAAGCAGUUAGUACCUGCUGAUGGAUUGUCAUCCACCAUACUCCAUUUGGACAGAUCUAAUAAGAAGGUUGUAAUGAAGCAUGGCUAUGUUGUCAUCAUGUCUCCCCAGCUGAAUCUAUUAAUAGAGCAGAAUGAUGCUGGUGAUAUUCUUGAAGAUGGAUUCUUACCUAGCAUUAAUAGUUUUGCCAGUCUGGUGGCAGCAUUGCUAGCAUUUCAGCAGAAAGACUGGAAGGCCUGCAAGCAUCAAAUAUCUGGUGUUAAAUAUCGUUUAUGGAGGCCUCUUUCUUCAGUCUUAGCCUGGUAAAGUGCAGCUGAUACCCAUGUCCAUUUAAUUUGUCAGAGUAUUGUUAAUUUACUGGUGCUGAUUUUGGAACUGCUUGUACGUAAUGGUGAGUUAAAUAGCCAGUUGGGUUUAAAUGAUGAUCUGUACUGUUUCUUCUUAAAAUUCUGGGUUGCGUGCAUUUUGUUUAAUGUUUGUGUGUCCAUCCACAUCCCUCUGCCUUUUUCAGUUGCUCUCAUCCAUAUGCUUCUCUCAUGUUUAUGCACAUAUUAACUCAUAUCCCUCCUGUUAUUAAACAUUUUAUGUUUGAUUAUGAUGCACAUAUUUCAUCUGAAUGUGUGUAGGUGCACACACAAUUCUGUGAAGUAGUUAGCAUAAUUGUAAAGGGCAGAAAGGCAUGUUUUUCAGUAUUUCUGUGGCAGCUCAUUCUUUACUGGAGAGUGGUCACUGCCUGGAAGCUAUUGAUUAUUUACACAAAUUUCUUGAGGAUUUCACAGCUUGCACAAGUAUCCUUGUGGAGUCCAUCGCUUACAGACUCUUGGCAGAAUGCUACUCAAGACAGGGCUUUCACCAUUUAGCUGCGAAGACACUGCAUCAUUCACUUAAAGUCAAUCCCAAUGACAUUGCUGCCCUGUAUGCCAUUUCUCAGCAGUAUAAAACACUACAACAAACAGAAUCAGAAAUAGAGUGCCUCCACCUGUACAUGAAGGCUUUGGAGGAAGAAAAGGAUGGAGGCAAACAACUUUGUUAUUUGCCACUGCUUGAGGAGCUGUUGCUUGACACUGUCACUCACAGCAGUCAACUGAGUGUAGAACAGGCAUUUUAUAAUUUUGGCAACCGCCUAGCAGAGCUUAGCAGACACAGUGAAGCAUCUGAAUGGUACAUGGGUCUCAUACAGAAGUAUGAGAGUAAGAGACACCACAGUUCUUGUGCAGACUAUCUUCCAGACUUUUUGACAAUCUGUCAAGAAGCAUCCAAGAAUCUUUUGCUAGCCAACAAAAAUGAGGAAUGCCUAUUUCUUUGCAAUAAGGUUUUGACAGCAUUUGACUGUGGAUUUAUGUCUGGCAUUGACAUGUGUGAAGAAGACUUUCCUGUGAUUUCUUUCCUGGAGAGGGAGGACAUGGAAGCAAGGCAGGAGACAAGGACAAGCUGCCAGCGCAAGAGGCGAUUAAGUGCAGACAGACAAGAUACAGAGCAAGAGCAACUAGCAUGGAAGAGAAUGAAAAAUUCUGCCCUGAUCUUGGCUUGUCGAGCAGAUGCAGAGAUCAUGCUGGGGAACUGGACUGCUGCUGUGCAGGAUCUGACAAGGGCCAUUGAUCAACUUCUGAAAUAUCCACAUGCUACCAAAAACGCAGCAGCAGAAAUUUGCAGAUCAGAUUUUGCGUUGACCCAGUCCUUGACACCACAACCCAAACGACCUCGUCAGAUCUCUGAUAGUGGAGACGACCGUGAAAGCCAUCUCAGCGUGGAUUCUGCGCAAAGUGACGACUGGAGCAAAAUGACCAGUACGAUCUGCGUCAAACUGGCCGACGCAUUGUCCAGACAACAGGAGGACCGCCAAGCACUUCACUUUUCCCGCCUAGCUGUCCAGAUGUGUCCAGGGGAAGAGAGCGCACUCUAUUUCUUGUGCUCGAGCCUGCAGCGCUUGAACCGAAACGAAGAAGGUUACCAGGACUGGCUCCAGAGUCGUAGCCUCCCGCACCAUACGGGGUCGGUGCGUGUGCAGACCUUGUUGGAACAGCGACAGGAGGAGCUAAGGUCCACCGCUUGCGAGGUCGGGAGGAACACCCAUCACCUGGGACACGUUACUGACAUGGACAAGAUUCGCCUCGAUGUCUCAUGUUUGCAAACUCUGCUCAGCGUCAGGCAAGGCAGGUGACCAGACAGGGUGGGAUGACCACCAGGCAUGCAGCAGGACAGAGGGUGAAAACGAAUGAUUAGAGCGAGACGAAAAAUUAACUGACUGUGAGCAACAGGGAGGACGGAAAUGAAUGACUCGAAUCGGGAUAGACAGAGGCUGUUGUGAGUCACUAUAAUAAUAAACGUAUGAUUUAUAUAGCGCAUAAUCACGCUUACGAAGGGGCAUGCUCUCAGCGCUUGAGACAAGUAAGAGACAUGGAAUACGAAGGACGGAAGGAAAAACAACUAUGCAGAUAAGUAACAAAAGGCAAACAUAGAAAACGCAAAGAGGAAUCUGGGAACACAGUAAGGAUAGAGAGUGUCAUAAAUAUGCAGAGGAAGACAAGCAAGCGGACUAAUCAAUUGCCUAUAGUCACAACUAUGUUGAUUAGUGGUGUCAGAUAUAAGGCUCGUGGAACAGAUGUGUUUUUAGUGCAGCUUUAAAGGAUUCGAUGGUAGGUAGAUGGCGGACAUAGAGGGGAAGAGUUCCUCUGUUUUGCAGCGCAGUAGCUAAGAAUCCAUUGACAAUAUGUGGUUGUUCUGGUGACAGGUAUACUGAGCAUACGGUCAUCGGACAAAGAGGGGAGUUGACUGGCUGUUAUGAAGGGAGAGAUAAAUUUAGAGAAAUAAGGUAGGAGCUUGGAGAGAAAUCAAAACACAACGCAGACAGCUUGUACUGAAUGCCAGGCUCAAGAUGUCGCGAAUCGUGCCUGACUGAUGUUGUCAUUAGUGAUCUUGCCUGUCACGAUGGCGCUCAUCAGAUUUUAAUGCAUUCAUUAAAAGUCACCUGCAGAAGUUUUGCUGGUCACCUAAACGCUCUCUCUUUCUCUCAGACAGCGGAUUAAAGACAGAAUUUAAUAUA